UUUUACCCACUGACUUCUCUUUUCAACGCCAAGUUUCGAAAGGUUUCUGAUUUUGAAGCGGUGGGUUUGUUCUCUGUUCGUGGAAAUUAAUCAUGCAGCCGAUUCCGGAUGUUAAUCAGCGCAUUGCUCGAAUCUCUGCGCAUCUUCAUCCUCCCAAGCCCCAGAUGGAGGAGAGCUCAAGUUUGAGGCGGGCGAAUUGCAGGGCGAAAGGCGGAUCUCCUGGGUUCAAAGUCGCGAUACUUGGAGCCGCCGGUGGCAUUGGCCAGCCCCUUGCGAUGUUGAUGAAGAUAAAUCCUCUGGUGUCUGUUCUACAUCUUUAUGACGUCGUUAAUGCCCCUGGCGUCACCGCUGAUAUUAGCCAUAUGGACACUGGUGCUGUGGUUCGUGGAUUCUUGGGGCAGCAGCAGCUGGAGGCUGCGCUUACAGGCAUGGAUCUUGUUAUAAUCCCUGCAGGCGUUCCGCGAAAACCAGGAAUGACAAGGGAUGACCUAUUCAAAAUAAAUGCUGGAAUUGUCAAGACUCUCUGCGAAGGGAUUGCAAAGUGUUGUCCCAAAGCUAUUGUUAACCUAAUCAGUAACCCAGUGAACUCCACUGUGCCCAUUGCAGCUGAAGUUUUCAAGAAGGCUGGAACUUUUGAUCCAAAGAGACUUCUGGGAGUUACUAUGCUCGAUGUCGUUCGAGCCAAUACCUUUGUGGCUGAAGUAUUGGGUCUUGAUCCUCGGGAUGUGGAUGUUCCAGUCGUUGGCGGUCAUGCGGGUGUAACGAUUUUACCCCUUCUGUCUCAGGUCAAGCCUCCAAGUUCUUUCACACAAGAAGAGAUUAAUUACCUAACUGAUAGGAUUCAAAAUGGUGGAACAGAAGUUGUUGAGGCCAAAGCGGGAGCUGGUUCAGCAACUCUCUCAAUGGCAUAUGCUGCCGUUAAGUUUGCCGAUGCAUGCCUCAGGGGCUUAAGAGGAGAUGCUGGCAUCGUUGAAUGUGCUUUUGUGUUUUCAGAGGUGACUGAACUUCCGUUCUUUGCAUCGAAAGUUCGACUGGGUCGCACUGGCGUUGAAGAAGUAUACUCCCUUGGUCCGCUGAACGAGUACGAGAGGAUUGGAUUGGAGAAAGCAAAGAAAGAGUUGGCAGGAAGCAUUGAGAAGGGAGUCUCCUUCAUCAGAAGCUGAAGAGAUUCCAAUUACUACAGUUUUAAAUUUCUAUUUCAUCUCUUAUAGAUUAUUUAUACUACGUCUUCCUGGUGAUUGGAGUUGAUCGAAAUGAAACCACACUAGGUAAAACUUUUAUACUAAUAAAACAAUCUGAUGGUGAUAUUUUCAACCUGUCAGUUUUUUUUUUAA